GCGAUAAAAUGAUAGCACCAAAAAACGAAGGCGAAAAAUUUAAACCGCACAGAAGCUUGCUCAAUCUCUCUCUCUCUCUCUCUCUCUCUAAAAUAGACUUAACUCACCGCCGAGAUCGCAACGGCCAGCAGUGGCAUUUCGGCGGCGCCGAUUUGUCCUUACAUACCAGUGAUCUCCAAGAAUUCCUCGGCUUCGUUGUUCGUCAACUGCUUCGGAUUAGCUUCCUCAUUUCCAUUUACACCUUUUUUUUUUUCUUUUAAUUUUGUUUGGAUUUCACAAUUUCUACUCCAGGAAAAUAAUCAAGAGGUAUCCAAAAUGAUAGGAUCCUUUCUCACUAGAGGACUUGUAUUGAUUUUCGGCUAUGCUUAUCCAGCUUAUGAGUGCUACAAAACUGUCGAAAAGAAUAAGCCGGAGAUCGAGCAACUUCGCUAUUGGUGCCAGUAUUGGAUUUUGGUGGCAGUUUUGACAGUUUGCGAGAGAUUUGGAGAUGCUUUUAUUUCAUGGGUUCCAAUGUAUAGCGAAGCGAAGUUGGCAUUCAUUAUAUAUUUGUGGUACCCAAAAACAAAGGGAACAACGUAUGUGUAUGAUUCGUUCUUUAGACCAUAUCUUGCAAAGCAUGAGACUGAGAUUGAUCGGAACUUAUUAGAACUGAGGACUAGGGCUGGAGAUAUUGCAGUUUUGUAUUGGCAGAGAGCCGCAAGCUAUGGUCAGACCAGAAUAUAUGAUAUUUUGCAGUAUGUCGCCGCACAAUCAACACCACGGCCUCGUCCUUCUCAGCCACAACAACCAAGUGUCAGGGUUGGCAAAACCCCUGCGACCUCUAAUGGACAAGCAGCUAGCCCAGUACAACCACAGACUGAAGAACCACCAUCUCCCACUUCUAGUACAUCUUCCAGCCAACACCAAAAGGAGGUAGCGGAAGAGGUUGGUCGUGCACAAGAGCCUAAAGGACGUCCUGCUGCAGUAGGUGUGAAUACGCAAAAAGCAACUGCGGCACCCGAAACAACCAGCGAAGCUACACCAACUGAAGCUGAAUCAAUGCAGAUUGAAGUAGCGCCUUCUUCUUCCAAUGAUGAGAACACAAAUACUGCCCCGAAAGAAACUGUAAUGGAAGAAGCCAUUCGGGUUACACGUGGUCGAUUGAGGAAAGCCCGUUCUGCUGGGAAAUCCCCAAAGAAUGAAAGUUAGCUAUUUUCCUAUUUUUAUCAUGCAGAACUACAUUUCAUCUAGGUGGACAAUAAUGGGUAUUGAAAUGUGAUGUGAACCAUUAUGUAAAUCUGUUGUUUUUCUAGCUUCAAUUCCAUUUCUUGUUUCAUUC